CAAUUCACUGUUUUGUUUGACCCUGUUUGUUUCUUUUACAACCCGUUUUAAUAUUUCACAAUGUCGGACGUGGCAGCUCUGGAGGCCGAGGUCAAGGAAUUCAAGUUACAGCUUGAAACCGUCCAAUCGAGUUUGCAGGUAGAUCCAGAUAAUACGGAACUUCAGAGUCUCAAAACUGAGCUGGAAGAACUUAUCAACCUCACCGAAACCUCCAUCGCCGAGCUCAAACCUCCCGCUCCGUCCACGUCGAAAUCGGUAAAAGAGCAAGGACCCCGGGAUAGCUACCCCACGUCUCAGACGGGCUAUCGAAAGCCAACAGUUGAGCAGACGGAAGAGUCCGCCCCACCGGCAUCGUUCUCGAUCAAUGAACAUGUUCUUGCCCGCUGGACUUCGGGCGACAACUCCUUCUACCCCGCGCGCAUUACAUCCAUCACCGGUUCCUCCAGCAACCCUGUCUACCUGGUCUCCUUCAAGUCCUACGGCACUGUUGAAUCAUUAACUGCAAAAGACCUCAGGCCUAUCUCUGGCAAUGAUUCUCGUAAACGCAAGGCUGAUGGAAGCUCAGGCAAUUCCGCAUCCCAAUCCCCAGCACCUCAGCUGCCAAACUCGAGCGUGAUCUCUGCAGCUGCAGAUAUCAACCCCGCAUUGGCGAAUCAGGCGCGGAAAGAGCCAAGCAAGGUAGGCGAUGGCCCAGCGCGUCCCGCAAAGGCGCCUCGGAAGGUCAAAGCCAACCGGGAGCUUGAGGAGGGUAAGAUGAAGUGGAAGGAUUUUGCCAGCAAGGGAAAGUUGGGUCGGAAAGAGAGCAUGUUCCGAACCGGAGAAAGUGUUAGCGCCCGAGUGGGUUUUACUGGGUCUGGUCAAAAGAUGCGCAAAGACCCCACCAGAACGCGACACGUGUAUCAACAAGCCGAGGACGAAGGCUACUGA